AUGAUUGACUACAAGCAAACUACGAAGUACCAGAGUGACCAAAAGUCUGAUUUCUAUUUAAGGUUCAUGGAGGGCAGGGAACUAACCGAGCCUGACUACUCAAAUUCUCUUAUCACAAUACCUGCAGCACCUUCAGAAGUAACCGGACUGAAUUUCUGCUCAGAGCAGGGAACUAAUUCUUUUGGUUAUACAUACAUUGGCUGGGAGCUUGAGGCCAAGAUGCCAGAUAUCACAUCAAUUCUUGCUCUCACUAUAACUGAAGGUGAUGAACCUGAAUUAUUCGAUGAUAUCAGCCUGUGGAAGAAAGUGGAGCCUAAUAAUUUUAAAGAGGCAGUGCCAGCAGAGGAAAAUGCUGCAGCCAAACUCUCAGAGGAGUUAUCUGCUUACAAAAUACAAACCAUAUAUGAAGUUCCUCCCUGA